AUGUCUGAUUCUGAGGCGACAACUUCGAGGGUACAUGAAGCCAUACCUGACCAAAAUACGGUCCAAGUGUUGCGGGAUAUGGCUAACCGCCUGCGCAUCCAAUCCAUCAGGGCCAUGUGCAGCUCGCAGUCCAGCCACUCCAUGUCGUGCAACAGCACCGCCGAGAUCAUGUCAGUGUUGUUGUUCCACACCAUGAGGUAUAAACAGGCAGACCCAGAGAACCCGGACAACGACCGAUUCAUCCUCCCAAAGAAACUGGCUCUUAGUGAUGCGGUAAUAGGAUGGUGUGGGCAGGGACUGGGGGCCGCGUGCGGGAUGGCCUACACUGGCAAGUACUUUGACAAAGCCAGCUUCCGAGUGUACUGCCUUGUGAGUGGUGACAUUUCAGAAGGCUCUGUCUGGGAGGCAAUGGCCUUUGCUUCCCACCAUGCUCUGGACAAUCUUGUGGUGAUCUUUGACACGAACUGCGUGAUAUAUGGGGCUUCCUCACCCCCCGGGCACUGCACAGACGUCUAUCAGAAGCGCUGUGAAGCCUUCGGGUGUAAUACUUACGUGGUGGACGGCCGUAACGUGGAAGCGCUGUGCCAGGUGUUCUGGCAGGCAGCUCAAGUGAAGAACAGGCCCACUGCUGUGAUCGCCAAGACCUUCAGGGGCCGGGGCAUGCCAAACAUUGAGGAUGCAGAAAACUGGUAUGGAAAGCCAAUGUCAAAAGAAAGAGCAGAUGCAAUUAUUGAAUUAAUUGAGAGCCAGAUACAGACCAACAGGAAUCUUACACCAAACCUCCCAAUUGAAGACUCACCUGAAAUCAGCAUCGGGGAUGUAAAAAUGUCCACCCCGCCUGCUUACCAAAUGGGUAGCAAGUUGGCUACUCAGAAGGCGUGUGGUUUGGCCCUGGCUAAGCUGGGCCACGUGAACGAGAGGCUCAUUAUGCUGGAUGGUGACAACAAGAACACCUUCUCCGAGGUGUUCAAGAACGAGCACCCGGAGCGCUUCAUCGAGUGUUUUAUUGCUGAGCAGAACAUGGUAAGCGUCGCACUGGGCUGUGCCUCCCGUGGCCGGACCAUUGCCUUUGCCAGCACCUUUGCUGCCCUUUUGAUCCGAGCAUUUGAUCAGAUUCGGGCUGGAGCUGUCGCUGAGAUGAACAUCAACCUUAUCGGUUCCCACUGUGGGGUGUCUGUUGGUGAAGAUGGCCCCUUGCUGAUGGCCCUGGAGGAUCUGGCCAUGUUCCGAGCCAUCCCCAACUGCACUAUUUUCUAUCCAAGUGAUGCCGUCUCCACAGAACGUGCUGUUUAUCUGGCGGCCAAUAAUAAGGGAAUGUGCUACAUUCGGACCAGCCAGCCAGAAACUGCAAUUAUUUACACCCCCCAAGAAACCUUUCAGAUCGGACAGGCCAAGGUUGUCCGCGAAAAUGUCAAUGACAAGGUCACGGUUAUUGGAGCUGGAGUUACUCUGCAUGAAGCCUUAGCAGCUGCUGAUAAUCUUUCUAAAGAAGAUAUUUUUAUCCGUGUCAUCGAUCUGUUUACCAUUAAACCCCUGGAUGUUGCUACCAUCAUCACCAAUGCAAAAGCCACAGGCGGCCGGAUUAUCACAGUGGAGGAUCACUACCCAGAAGGUGGCAUUGGGGAAGCUGUCUGUGCAGCCGUCUCCACAGAACCUGGCAUCGUGGUGCAUCAGCUGGCAGUUUUGGAAGUACCUCGGAGUGGCAAACCGCAGGAACUGCUGGACAAGUUUGGAAUCAGUGCCAAACAGAUCGCUGUGACCGUGAAAUGUAUUGUAAUGGACUAA